GCUUGCUGGAUUCGAUAGACACUUGUAUUUCUGGAUGCAAUGCGAAACAGCUGUCGCAUCGUAGCAGAGCUCGCUCCGAUUUUUCUCUGCUCUGACUUGUGAGCAAAAGUGUCGAUCUCAUCGCCCCACACAUGGUGGUUGCCGUGAGCCGCGGCUUCGGCGUGGCGUCGGCGGACUCGCGACCUCCCACUUCUUCGUGUUGCUCUCCCACCCUCUCAUCUCGUCUCAUUGACAACAGCUCACAGCGAAAUCCCCAUCAGCAUGUCCACAUCACAGCCCACGCAGGACACUGACAGUGCUGCACCAGCAGCAGCAAGCGACAACGCUACCAGCGCCGCUACAGCUACAAGCAGCAAAGCAGUUGCGCCCUCUUCUCGCCCGCAGCCUUUGCAGGGCGCCGAGCUCUUCUCUGCCAUCGAGUCCCUGACGACGAAGAUACUGUCCGCUUCGCCCGUCUAUUCGCAUCUCCUUUCUUCCCUCUCACUCCAAUCCGCCUCACCGGGCCAAGUGACUUACAUCUGGCCUCAACUCCCGGCACACUGCCUUAACUCUCACCACACUCUACACGGAGCAGUCUCUGCGACCCUCAUCGACUUCCUCGGCGGGCCCGUCAUCGCUUCUACCUCGUCCAAUCCGCUCGAGGCGAAGCGCGGCGUAUCUACAGAUAUCAGUGCGCAGUACUUGAGGGAAGCAAAGGAGGGAGAGAGGGUCAGGAUCGUGGGGAGGGCAAAGAAGGUGGGCAAGAGGCUUGCGUGGGUUGGGGUGGAGAUCUGGGCUGGCGGGAAGGAGGGGGGACCUGAGGGCGGAGAAGGUGGAGAGAGGCUGUGUGUGGAGGGGAGUCAUACGAAGUUCAUUGCGUGAGGCGGGCUCAUGGUGGGAGGGCAAAGAGGUAAGUGGGGCGCAACGCACUGAUCGUCGCUGCUGUCGUCA